AUGGCGUGCUACUCGGUGACGGUGGCGACGGGCAGCCAGUGGUUCGCGGGCACCGACGACUACAUCUACCUCAGCCUGGUGGGCGCGGCGGGCUCCAGCGAGCGGCACCUGCUCGACAAGUCCUUCUACAACGACUUCGAGCGCGGCGCCGUGGAUACUUACGACGUGACUGUGUCAGAGGACCUGGGGGAGAUCCAGCUGAUAAAAAUUGAAAAACGAAAGUACUGGUUUCCUGAUGACUGGUACCUUAAGUAUAUCACGGUGAAAACACCAAUCGGUGAUUACCUGGAGUUUCCUUGUUACAGGUGGAUUACAGAUGAAAAAGAGGUGGUUCUCCGAGAUGGGAGAGCCAAGCUUUCUAGGGAUGACAAAGCUCCAAUUCUGAAACAUCACAGACGCAAAGAACUGGAGGAUCGCCAGAAACUGUAUCGAUGGGGAGAAUGGCAUCCAGGCUUUCCCUUGAACAUAGAUGCCAAAACGCACAGAGAGUUGCCUCGCAACAUUCAGUUUGACAGUGAAAAAGGAGUUGACUUCAUUUUGAAUUACACCAAAGCGAUGGAAAAUCUGUAUGUGAACCGCUUUAUGCACAUGUUCCAAUCUUCCUGGAGUGACUUCGCAGAUUUUGAGAAAAUCUUUGUCAGAAUUAGCAAUACAAUUUCUGAGUACGUGAUGCAGCACUGGCAGGAAGAUUUCAUGUUUGGAUACCAGCUCUUGAACGGGUGCAAUCCUGUUCUGAUCCAAAAGUGCAAAGAACUACCAAAGAAGUUCCCAGUGACCACCGAAAUGGUAGAAUGCAGUCUGGAGAGGAAUCUGACUCUGGAAGAAGAAAUGAAGCAAGGGAAUAUUUUCAUUGUAGAUUAUGAACUUCUGGAUGGCGUUGAAGUCAAUAAAACCGAUCCCUCCACAGUCCAAUACUUAUCUGCUCCCAUCUGUUUAUUAUAUAAGAACACGGCGAAGAAGAUUGUCCCUAUUGCUAUCCAGAUCAGUCAAACUCCUGGGCCACACAAUCCCAUUUUCCUUCCAUCAGAUGCUAAAUAUGACUGGUUAUUGGCCAAGAUCUGGGCCCGCUCUUCAGAUUUCCACAUGCAUCAGACCGUAACCCAUCUCCUUCGGACACAUUUAGUUUCAGAAGUGUUUGGGGUGGCCAUGUUCCGCCAGCUGCCAGCUGUCCAUCCUCUCUUCAAGCUCCUCGUACCGCACGUGCGGUAUACAAUUGCCAUCAAUACAAAAGCCCGGGAGCAACUUAUCUGUGAAUAUGGUCUAUUUGACAAGGCCAAUGCCACUGGAGGAGGGGGGCAUGUGCAGAUGGUCCAACGAGCAAUGAAGCAACUCACCUUCAGCUCCCUCUGCUUCCCUGAAGAAAUCCGAGCAAGGCACAUGGAGAGCAAGGAGGAUAUUCCGUACUACUUCUAUCGGGAUGAUGGUAUCAAAGUGUGGGAGGCAAUAAGAAGCUUUGUGAUGGAGGUUGUCGCCAUCUAUUAUGACAGUGAUGAGACAGUGUGUGAAGAUUUGGAACUCCAGGCCUUUGUGAAGGAUAUUUAUGUCUAUGGCAUGAGAGGCAACAAAGCAUCAGGAUUUCCUAAGACAAUCAAGACACGAGAGAAGUUGUCAGAAUACCUCACUGUAGUGAUAUUUACAACAUCAGCUCAACAUGCAGCUGUGAAUUUUGGCCAGUAUGACUGGUGCUCCUGGAUUCCCAAUGCCCCUCCAACCAUGCGCCGGCCGCCGCCUACAGAGAAGGGGAGUGUCACCAUUGAGUAUAUUGUGGAGAGUCUACCGGACAGGGGGCGCUCUUGCUGGCAUCUCGGUGCUGUCUGGGCCUUGAGUCAGUUUCAAGAGAACGAACUGUUUCUCGGGAUGUAUCCAGACGAGCACUUCAUAGAGAAGCCAGUGAAAGAGGCAAUGAGGAAGUUCCGCAAGAGUCUGGAUGAAAUCGUCAGCUCGAUCGCUGAGCGGAACAGGAACAAAAAGCUCCCCUACUAUUACCUUUCUCCAGAUCAGAUCCCCAACAGCGUGGCUGUAUGAGCUAAACUUUUCAAAAACCUGACGCAGCAGGCGUGACCAGCUGUGUGUCCGACAUCUGCCUUAGGAGCAACUCAGAGGUUAAUCCAUGGUGAAUACUCCUGUCAGUUGUUUCCAGAAGACAUUUAAGCGCUCAUAUAAUUAGUAAGUGCUACUGUUCUGUAACAAUCAGUCCAAGUAUUUGAAAAACCAAACUUUGUACUUAUAAAAGCACAUAUUCAUGGAUGAAAAAUCGAAGGGGGCGGGGGGACACCUCCAGUUUUUUAAUUGUUUCUCAUUGGUUGUGCACAGCCUGCAAUCUUCACACAGGAGCAUCGCCAGGUGUGGUUAAGCCAAAUUGAUGGCUUAACCACUCCUCUCCGCGCCUUACCUGAGGGUUGCUGAGGAGAAGGUGGAGGCCCCGGUGGUGGUGGUGGUGGACACCUGUUCGCACUGCCGGGGCUGGGAGGGGUCCCCACUGGACCCUGUGGAGCUUAUCCUCCCCUCCCUAGAGAAGCCUGGAUGCCAUCCCGAAGGCAGUUUCCUCGGAGUAAGCGCUACUGAUCGUUUCAUGAAAAACACAAAAAAUGACCAAUAACAGUUUUCUAAAGCCCAUUGUAUUUUUUUACAAAACGGGCUUCAUUGCUAGUUUUAAAUAUUUCCUAAAAGUUCUUCAAAGGCUAUUCCCUGGGAUAGAUCUUUUAAAUAAAAUAUAUGCAAUGAAUAGCAGCUUUUCUUCCUCUCUCAUCAAGGAAAACAGACUAGCAGGAACAUAAUGAAAAGUCUACGAUGCGUUUGGAGUACAUGUUGACUAAUCUCCCUAAUUCCCUCUCUCGUAUUUUGAACAUUUAAAACCAAACCUUUAGGCUCUAUCUCUGUAAUAGUUAAUUUUCUUUCAAGGUACUGCGUUUGAGGCACCGACGCCUCUAACGUAGAUUGAAUGAGCCGGCAUAUGAGGCUUGGAGCGCUUAGUGGCUCAGGGCGUAAAGCAGCUGUAGCCCACCUUUUAGGAGGCAAAGUGUUUGGCUGGGAUUUAAAUAUGACGGCAGACUGUCAUGGGAGACGGUCCUGCUUAUUCCUAGCCUGGGUGAAGAAAGCUGAAGGAAUAGUAGGUGAAAUGGAAGAAGGCCAGGAGCAAGCUAAAACAAAUCGCCUGCGUGCAAAGUUGUUGCGGCUGAUCUGGGGGAGAAGUUCCACUGAGGAAAAUGACUUACGAUGAGUCUUUGCACAGAGAGGUUUUCCUGUGGUUUGGGUGCUGAACUGCAGUGGUUUUUCUCCAAACUUCCUCAUUUCCUUGUUUCCUGUGGUUUGCGUAGUUUCCUUGUCAUUCCUCUUAUGUUUUCUCGAACAACUUUUGAUCUGACUUGAUAAAGCAUGGAGGAACAAUAAGGAAGCCAUGGAAAUACAAUAGAUGGAAAAUGAGGAAGCUGGGAGGGAAAAAAGCUGUAGUUGAUUACCCAAACGGCAGGAAACCCCUUUCUGAGAAAAGAACCUUCUCAUAUCAACCUACAAUGUCUGCUAAGCUACUGAACUGUGAGAUGAACAGUAGCAGGAAACAAAAUCAA